AUGGCUCAGGCGGGCGACCCUAUCGCAUCUGGGGCACCCGCAUUGUCCGACCAGGGAGGAGGCGGAGGAGGGCCCGACGUCGGCGCAGAGGCGAGCGGCAGCGGGAGCGGCGCGCAGUCGAAUGGAGGCGUCGGAGAGAAGCAGAAGAAGAAGGUCAAGGUUGGCGCGAGGGCGAGCAUCGCGUGCAAGACGUGCAGGAAACGCAAGGUGCGCUGCUCGGCAGAGUGGCCCAUCUGCCGGUUCUGCACGAACCGCAAGCUCGAAUGCGUCUACGAGGGGCAUCCAGCGGAGAACGGCGGACCGAUGGUCGCCGGUCCGUCUGGCUUCGCUCCCCUCGCGCCGAUGUACUCUCCCGCUCUCGACACGGAGCUCCCGCCGACCAACAUCAUUCUCGAGGCGCUCGACUCGUUCCUCAUCCACCACUACGACACCUUCCCUUUCAUCCACCGCCCGAGCCUGACGACCGAGAUCAGCGAGAACCGCGCAUCGAAAGAGCUAGUCUGCUGCAUUCUCGCCCUCGCCGCACGCUUCUGCCAAUCCCUGCGCGACCUGCACCCCUCCUCGCCCUCCGCCGCAUCCGAACACUACGCCCAACUCGCCUCGCAUCUUCUCUCCGUCCAUCAGCCUCUGCCAGGCCACGCCAACCCUCCUCCACCGACCGCCGACGUCCCCAUCUCCCUCAUGCGGUGCCAAUGCCACCUCCUCCUCGGUUUCUACGAGCUCACCGCCGGACGCGACAACUCCGGCUGGCUCAAGAUCGGCACGGCCAUUCGGAUGGCUCAAACCCUCCGGCUCGGCUUCGACGACGAAGUACCCGUCUAUGACGACCCUGAGAACCCGCUCUCGAGUCGCGGGAGGGCGAUCGCAGCGGCUCAGCAGGACCCGAUCCGCGCAGAGACGAGGCGGAGGACGUUCUGGGCGCUCUUCUCGCUCGACAGGACCGUGAGCGAUGGGAAUGAGCGGCCAUGCGGGUUGAAGGUGCCUCGGAUUGCGAGUCUGCGGAUGCCUGGGUCGGAUGCGGAUUUCCUCGCGGGACGAAAGAGCCUCGGCGCGAGGUUUGAUCCGAAUCCACCGCCUUGGAGCGUGUCGGUGCAGGGUGGAGCGGGCGGCGGCGCAAAUGGCGCGAGUGCGGAUGGUUCAUCGGGACACGCGCCCCCAAGCGACGAGCCCGAAGCCGACUUGUACGGCUUCACGCUCAGGAUCGCCGAGAUCUGGUCGAAAGUCGCGUCGUACAUCGGCUCGGGCGGGAGGAACGUCGACCGUCGACCGCCGUGGCAGGACGACUCGACUUUCGCGCAGCUCGCCAAGGAGUUGACCGAGUUUGAGCAGAGGCUGCCCGAGGAGCUCAAGUAUUCGCAGAGGACGCUUGUCGCGCAUUGUAUGGUCAGGGAGGACGCCAAGUUGUUUGCGUUGCUGCACUUGACGAACGCGAUGGCGAGGCAUGUUCUGCACCGCGACUACCUCCCCUUCCUCCCGCCGCUCGAUUUCAAGGCGGCCAAUGGUCCGAUCGACGGCGAGCCUCUCUACGGCGACUCGACCGCGCCCGCAGGGUGGUGGCAAGAAUCGUUCGACAUGGCCGCAACCUCCGCAAACACCAUUUCGGACGUCUGCUCGCACCUCUCGUCGCACGGGAUCAUCCUCACACACCCGUUCGCUGGAUUCGCGGCGGUCGCGGCGGGGACCGUGCAUAGUCACCUCAAGUACUGGCCGCAGUCGAGCUCGGCGCCUGUCGAUGCGACGCACUACCUCAAUCAGGACGCCGAGAUCCUUGCUGGCUUGCGCAACAUCUACCCGAUCGCAACUCGCUGGUACGACUCGCUCGCCGGUCUCCAGCUCCUGUACUUCAACCUCGCACGCGGCGUCCUCGACGCCGACCCGCUCAAGGUCCGCGCCGGCGUCCUCCAGCUUCUCCGCAGCGCCAAGGACGACGCGGACAACGACUCCCCGAACCGCGGAGCUGCUGCUGCGAACAGUGCGAAUGGUAAUGGUGCAGCGCAGCUUUCGGCGGCGAACGGGAACGGCCAGGCGAGCAAGCCGAAGGGCCAGUCGCGCAAGUCGAGGAAGCAGGAAGACGCGGCGGCGCCGUCGAGCGAGCGCUCCAGGUCGUUCUCGCAGACGAUCAACGACCUCGUCAACUCGCCUCUCGGCAGCGCAGGAGCCGAAGGAGAUCCAGUCGCCACCUCUGCCGCCCUUGACCCGUCGGCUGCAGCAGCCUACUCGCUCUUCCACCCGCCGUUUCCGAUGCCUCACCCGCCUACCUCGACGCACGACCUCUCUUUCGCGACUCUCGCGCCCGAACUCGUCCCAGGCGACUUCUCCUUCGACCUUGCGGCUUCGUCACUCGGUGGACUCGGCCUGUCGACGCUCGACGAGUGGGGCGCGGGGUACUAUUACGGUGGCUCGAACUGGGGACUUGCGGGAUUCGGUGGACUGAGCGGCGCAGGAUUCCCGGCGGGACCUGCGCUUUUCGGUGGAGUCGGAGCGGGCGCGGCGGGAGGACAGCCGGGAGCGGGCGGGACAGACGGAAUGGCCUGGACGGGCUUGUGA